GCCACGCCCACCGCGGCGUGGAUCGCCGGGGGGCGCGCGUAGGUUGCUGUCUCUCUCUCUCUCGCGUACUCCGUGUUAUGAGCGCGGUGGUCGGGCUACGACACCCGGUCCGCCUGCGAGCUCCACGCCGAGCGCCAUCCGACCCGUAAAUAAUAAUAACAACAAUAAUAAAAAAUUAAAAAACGCGCGUAAACAUGACCGAGAGGUUCGUGGUCCUGCCGGUUUCUCCGUGCGCUGAGAGCGAGGAGCAGCAGCGGCUUAAUCAUCACGAUAAUAAGCAGGAGCUCUCACCUGGGUUUGGAGGUGAGAGAGAUUUAGGCGAGCCAGAAGCUGUCCCUAUCCUCCAGUACAGCAGAGAGCCGAACAAAUACGGUGAUGGAACUCCAAAGGAAAGUAGUCCAUUUAUCAACUCUGACAAUGACAAGGGCAGCCUAUAUGACGGCAAAAACAUGGCACUGUUUGAGGAGGAGAUGGACAGCAACCCAAUGGUGUCAUCGCUUCUCAGCAAACUGGCCAAUUAUACCAACCUUACCCAAGGUGUUCGGGAGCAUGAGGAGGCCGAUGAGGAGGAGGGAGGAAAGAAGAAAACCGUCAAAGCGAGUCCACAGAUGGGGACGUUCAUGGGCGUCUACCUGCCCUGCCUCCAGAAUAUCCUGGGAGUCAUCCUGUUUCUGAGAAUGACCUGGAUCGUGGGAACUGCAGGAAUCCUGCAGGCCUUUAUCAUCGUAUUCAUGUGCUGCUGUUGUACAAUGCUUACAGCCAUAUCUAUGAGUGCCAUUGCUACAAAUGGAGUUGUUCCAGCUGGUGGAUCCUAUUACAUGAUCUCUAGGUCUUUGGGCCCAGAGUUUGGAGGAGCUGUAGGACUCUGUUUCUAUUUGGGCACCACAUUUGCUGGAGCCAUGUACAUCCUUGGUACUAUUGAGAUACUUCUGACCUACAUAGUGCCCAGUGCUGCCAUCUUUAAGGCAGAGGAAAAGGAGCUUGAAGCAGCGGCCAUGCUGAACAACAUGCGAGUGUACGGCACCUGCUGCCUAGCCCUGAUGGCGCUGGUGGUGUUUGUGGGAGUGAAGUAUGUCAAUAAACUGGCGCUGGUCUUCCUGGCCUGCGUAAUUCUUUCUAUUCUGGCCAUCUAUGCUGGAGUCAUCAAAACCAUCUUCGAGCCUCCAGUCUUUCCGGUCUGCUUGCUGGGAAACCGCUCACUCCAAAAUUUAGACUUCGACAAGUGCUUAAAGACUGAGAUCUCCAACAAUGUUACUGUGACCACAAAGCUGUGGACUAUUUUCUGCGACAGCCCGUAUCUCAAUGCUUCUUGUGACGAGUAUUUCAGAAUAAACAACGUCACAGAGCUUCAGGGUAUUCCUGGUCUCACCAGCGGCAUCAUCUCAGAGAAUAUGUGGUCGAGCUACGGCCCUUCUGGAAUGCUAGUGGAGAAAAAGAUCGAGUCAGUGGCACCAUCUGAGCCCUCGCAAGGCUCCCAUCCCUAUGUACUGACCGACAUCGCCACCUUCUUCACUCUACUGGUGGGCAUCUAUUUUCCUUCAGUCACUGGUAUCAUGGCUGGAUCCAACCGCUCUGGAGAUUUGCGAGAUGCACAGAGGUCCAUUCCCACAGGAACCAUUCUUGCCAUAGCAACUACCACCUUUAUCUACCUCUCUUGUGUAGUCCUCUUUGGUGCCUGCAUCGAAGGAGUUGUCCUCCGAGACAAGUUUGGAGACUCCGUGAAGAAGAACUUAGUGAUUGGUACUUUAUCCUGGCCCUCUCCUUGGGUAAUUGUGAUUGGCUCGUUCUUCUCCUGCUGUGGAGCCGGUUUACAGAGUCUCACCGGCGCCCCUCGGCUGCUGCAGGCCAUCGCUAGAGAUGGCAUUGUGCCUUUCUUGGAGGUGUUUGGACACGGAAAAGCGAAUGGUGAACCUACAUGGGCGCUGCUGCUUACUGCUGGGAUCUGUGAAAUCGGCAUUCUCAUCGCCUCACUCGAUGCUGUGGCUCCCAUCCUGUCCAUGUUCUUCUUGAUGUGCUACCUGUUUGUGAACCUGGCCUGUGCUCUUCAGACCCUCCUGCGAACCCCCAACUGGCGGCCUCGCUUUAAGUACUAUCACUGGGCACUGUCUUUCCUAGGAAUGAGCCUUUGUCUUGCCAUAAUGUUUAUUUCUUCUUGGUACUACGCUCUGGUGGCCAUUGUCAUUGCUGGCUGUAUCUACAAAUACAUCGAAUACAGAGGAGCUGAGAAAGAGUGGGGCGAUGGUUUCCGUGGACUGUCGCUCAACGCAGCUCGUUACGCUCUCAUUCGGCUGGAGGAAGCACCGCCACACACUAAAAACUGGAGGCCUCAGCUGUUGGUGCUGCUGAAACUAGACUCUGAGCUGAAAGUGAAGCACCCUCGUCUUCUCUCCCUCACCACACAGCUGAAGGCAGGAAAAGGCCUCACCAUUGUGGGCUCUGUGCUGAAAGGUACCUACCUCACCAAGGAGGGAGAAGCCAAGAUAGCUGACCAGAACAUCAAAGAAACCAUGUCUGCAGAAAAGACCAAGGGGUUCUGUCACGUGGUGGUGACGUCCAACUUACGUGAUGGCGUCUCGCAUCUAAUCCAGUCAGCUGGUCUCGGGGGCAUGAAGCACAACACGGUCCUGAUGGCAUGGCCAAGCUCCUGGAAACAGUCCAAUGACCCUCUCUCAUGUCAGAAUUUUAUUGAGACUGUACGAGAGACCACAGCAGCUCAUCAGGCUUUGCUGGUAGCUAAGAAUGUGGACAGUUUCCCUCGGCAGGAGCGGCUCAGGGAAGGCACUAUAGAUGUUUGGUGGGUGGUUCACGAUGGAGGAAUGCUUAUGCUGCUUCCUUUCCUGCUUCGUCAGCACAAGGUGUGGAGGAAGUGUAAGAUGCGCAUCUUUACCGUAGCGCAAAUGGACGACAACAGUAUCCAGAUGAAGAAAGACCUUCAGAUGUUCUUGUACCACCUUCGGCUGGAUGCUGAGGUUGAGGUGGUCGAAAUGCAUGAUAAUGAUAUCUCAGCUUUCACCUAUGAGAAGACCCUUGUAAUGGAGCAGCGCUCCCAGAUGCUGAAGCAGAUGCAUCUCUCCCGGACUGAGAGGGAGAGAGAGAUUCAGAGCAUCACUGACGAAUCUCGUAGCUCCAUUCGGAGGAAGAACCACACUCGGGCUCAGAGCUCGGGCUCAAGUAACCAAGGUGCUGCACUGGAGGACGAAAUGGAGAACGAGGCGCAACUCAUCCAUGACAAGAACACCGCAUCCCAUGCUGCUAUUAAUGACAAAACUGAAGCCGCUCCUGAACGGAUUGACAUGACCUGGACCAAAGAGAAGUUCAUUGGAGAACGCAAUCGCAACCGGGAGCAAAAUGCCAACAUGGCCGUGCGGGAUAUGUUCAACAUGAAACCAGAGUGGGAGAGUCUCAACCAGUUGAAUGUGAGGCGCAUGCACACGGCGGUGAAGCUGAACGAAGUGGUUCUUAACAAGUCACAGGAUGCUCAGCUGGUCCUUCUCAACAUGCCUGGGCCACCAAAGAGUCGUGGAGGAGACGAAAACUACAUGGAGUUCCUGGAGGUUUUGUUAGAAGGUCUCAACCGGGUCCUGUUGGUGCGUGGUGGUGGACAAGAGGUUAUCACCAUCUACUCUUAACUCUCUUCCCAGCUGUAUUUGAAAAGCCUUCAUUGGGAAGCUUGGAUUUGGGUUUGUGGCAUUAUGUCGGACUGGCAUUUAUGGAGAAAACUGUGCGGUUUUGGCCUUUAGUGGGGGGAAAAAGGCAAAGAGGCAGAGGAUGACCUUUGGCAGGAAGACUUUUCAGGCAAGACGUAGAACCACGGAAGGCCAAAGCACAAACAAGCACAACAGACCUAACGGCACUCAGUGACUUUAUAUGUUCAUUUUGUUUUCAGAUUCUUUCUUUAUCCUCUGCCAUCCUUGUUCAGAUGUGUUCAAUGAAGGAUGUCAUAUCAGUAAAUGCUGUACAUCUUG